GGCGGGAAGCCCAGCGGCCGGCGGGCCCCGGCUGCUCCCGUCCCGCGGGGCACCGUCAGCCUCCGCCCGGGCCAGGCGGGAUCCAGGGGGACCCUCCUCCGAGACCCGGCGCUCGGGGCCGCCCCGGGGAGAGCGCAGGGCGGUCGGGCUCCGGCGGGGGCCGCGGCCCUGAGGGAGCGAGGAGGACCCCGCGGGGCCGCCUUUCCGGCCGGUGGCGGAAGCGCCCUUUGACCCCGGAAGUGCCCGGCCGGGGGGCGGGGCUGAGCUGUCAGAGCCGGACGGGCCGGUAACGGGCUGGAGCCGCCGCUCAACAAUCUCUUGGUCAGCAGUCUAACUUUCGUCGGUACUGAGCAUCGACAGAGAGAUCUCAGCACAAUGCCAGUAUUGCCCUUGGAGGAACUCCAGCUUAGAGAGACGGAUCCAAAGACAGGGAAACUGAGGACUUUACCAGCAUUGCAUCCAGAACUGAAAGCUGAUCGGUCUUUUGUGCUAUAUAAACCACCCCCUAAAGUCAGAGACCCUGCUCUAGUGGAGGAGUUCUUGGAACGAGCAAAGUUCAUUGCAGAUGAUCUGAACUGGCUUCUGGCUUUGCCUCAUGAUAAAUUUUGGUGCCAGGUCAUAUUUGAUGAGACACUUCAGAAAUGCCUGGAUUCAUAUCUGUGCCAUGCCCCUCGCAAGUUUGAUGCAUCGUUGGAUUUCCCUCUGGAGGUGAAUGACAUCCAAAAAUGCCUUCAUCGGAGUGUCUUCCUAACCUUCCUCAGAAUGUCCACUCACAAGGAGUCUAAAGAACACUUCAUCACACCUUCUGUUUUUGGAGAAAUUCUUUACAAUAACUUCCUGUUUGACAUCCCUAAGAUUCUGGAUCUGUGUGUGCUCUUUGGGAAAGGAAAUGGCUCCCUACUUCAGAAGAUGAUUGAAAACAUCUUCACUCAGCAAUCAAGUUACUUCAGGGACUUGAAUGAGACGGUGCCCACAAUCCUACAGGUGUUCAACAACGUUCUGCAGGAGUGUGGCUUGCAAUGUGAUGGGGCCUCAGCCAAGCCCCAGAAAUUGGAAGAAAGAGUCAAAGUGACUCCUAGUACCAUGCCUCUCCAGGCAUUGAAGGAUAUCGUGCUGUACUUGUGUGACACUUGCACUACCCUUUGGGCCUUCCUUGAUGUCUUUCCCCUGGCCUGUCAGACUGUCCAAAAACAUGACUUCUGUUACAGACUGGCUUCAUUUUAUGAACUCGCGUUUCCUGAGCUGGAAUCUGCAAUUAAGAGGAGGACAUGUGAGGAUAAGAGCUUACUGGCUGACUUGUGGAGGAGGCUUUCUCAUUCCAGGAAGAAGGUGGUGGAAAUCUUUCAUAUUCUCAUUAACCACAUCUGCCUCCAGCCCAUCUUAGAAAGCAGCUAUGAGAAUAUUCAGCCCUUUAUUGAAGAGUUUCUGCAGAUCUUCACCUCAGUGCUUCAGGAGAGGAGGUUUCUUCGUGACUAUGAUGAGCUGUUUCCUGUGGCAGACGAUGUGAGUCUGCUUCAGCAGGCAUCCUCUGCCUUGGAUGACACCCGGACAGCAUAUAUCCUCCAAGCAGUGGAAAGUGCCUGGGAAGGUGUGGAGAGGAGAAAAACACCAGUCAUUAAAAGCCCACCUCCACCAAUGGUACCUGAUGGAGCUUCAGCGAUGGUGGAAAAUGCUCCUAAGGACUCAGAAGGGCUUGAUGGUGCAUACCACUUGGAGUAUGAUUGUGCUGGAGCAACUGCAGCACCCGCUGCCAAGGUCUCAGGGGUGGAGUUGGAUUCUUUGAUUUCUCAAGUGAAAGAUCUGCUGCCUGACCUAGGGGAAGGCUUCAUAUUGGCCUGCCUGGAGGAGCACAGCUACAGUGUAGAGCAGGUGAUCCACAACAUCCUGGAGGAUAGGCUGGUACCAUCCCUGGACAAACUGGAGCGAACAAUGCCAAGGCAGGUGAAGACAGAACCAACCCCUCUGGUUACUUCUCGAUACAACAUCUUCCAGGACGAUGAGUUUGAUAUAUUCAGCAGGGACUCAGUGGACAUGUCCCGGGUACAAAAAGGCAGGAGGAAGGACAAAGAUACGACAAAAAGUUUACUGAAUGACAAGCGCCUGAUAGCUGAGCAGAAGGAACGCUACAGCCAGUACAGUGUGAUCGUAGAGGAGGUCCCUGAGCAGGAGGGGGAAGCCCAGUUCUAUAGGGUUGACUAUGAGGAUGAAUACGACGACACCUAUGACGGCAACCAGGUGGGGGCGAACGAUGCUGACUCAGAUGAUGAGCUGAUCAGUAGGAGGCCAUUUACCAUCCCUCAAGUCCUGAGACCCAAAGGACAAGAGGAGGAGGAGGAGGAGGAGGAGGAAGUAGAGGAGACUGAAAAGGAAACAACAAAGCAGGACCAUUUUGUGCAGGACCCAGCAGUGCUGAGGGAGAGAGCUGAAGCCAGACGGAUGACUUACCUUGCAAGGAAAGGGUACAAGUAUGACAACACCCCGGCUGUUGUAGGGAAUGUCAAGGGGCAUGGACAGAGCCGGGAUACAGUCCAGGAGCGAAAGAAGAAGGAAGCCAACAAAGGGGCAAGAGCUAAUCAUAACCGCCGAGUCAUGGCUGACAGGAAACGGAACAAAGGCAUGAUUCCUUCAUGAGGGACUCUUAGCCCAAAGCAUUGCGUUGGAUUCAGGCCUUCACUUCUGAGGGCCUCCUGAUCUUAAGUUACGGUGCAAUACCCAGCCCUUCAAUGUUAAGUGGGAUCACCCAGCCCUUCGGAGAGCUUUCCGUUUACAAAUAGGAACUGCCCCUCAGGCAGGCUUGCUGCUGUGCUAGUUGUCAAUACAGCUAAUGCAGCAACCGCCAUUCAGGAUUUUUUAAAACUAUUUGUAAUGAUUCUGUGAGAACUUUAUUUUCAUAUAAGAAACACCCCCCCACCCCCACCCCCCAACUGCCUGGGGCAUCCACUCAGCACAGCUAGGAGCACUUAGAAUGAGCACUACGACUGGCAAUGAGGUUUGCCUGCGCCAUUAGCUACAGCUGCCCACUCCACACACGUUGCCUUAUUCUGCAGGAGACUGAUGGGAUGCAUAGAAACCAACGCACAACAGCCCAUUCCUGUUGCCGACAAAGCCCUAGGAGUUCAGCUGUAUAGUGAUGUACUUUAAAUUCCUCUCCCUCCAGCGAGAAACCUGUAUAAAAACAUGCAGAUAAAGAAUUUGAAUCUUU